AACAGUUUCCUUGCUCUUUGCUGUCCAACCAAAAAAAAAAAAAACGUUUUUCUUCCCUUCUUUCCUUUUCAAGAAUUUCCCCUGGAAAAAAAAGCCGCCUCCUUCCCUUCUCUCUCGAGUAGGGCUUUUCUACUGAUCCUUCUUAAACCCUCGGCCUCGCUUCAAUCUCGUCGUCAAUCGGCGUCAGAUAUGAAUCAGCAAGGUUUUGAUUACGAUAUGCUUUGCAAAGAAGCGCGGUAUCGUUGGCUGAAGCCUGCGGAGAUCCACUUCGUUCUGCAGAAUCACGAGAGCUACCCGAUUUCCGCCGAGGCCCCUCACAAGCCACCGAGUGGUUCUGUGUUUCUUUACAACCGCAGGGUUCUUCGCUAUUUCCGGAAAGAUGGUCACAGCUGGCGGAAGAAGAAGGAUGGAAGGAAUGUCGGCGAAGCCCAUGAGCGGCUUAAGGUUGGGAAUGUUGAUGCUUUGAAUUGUUAUUAUGCUCACGGUGAGCCAAAUCCUUAUUUUCAGAGGCGAAGCUAUUGGAUGUUGGAUCCGGCCUAUGAGCAUAUUGUCCUGGUUCACUACAGAGAAGUCUCUGAGGGAAGAUUUCUUUCUGGAUCAAUCUCAAACAUAUCUGCCAAUUCACAUUCCACUUUUAAUCAGACUACCAGUACAAGUAAUACCCAUUAUCAGGGCAUCACUUCUGGGAGUGAACAUUAUGAUCCUAAUGGGUGCAAUGGCAGCUCAACAACUGUGGAAGAAGUGAGUUCAAAGUUUGCUUUAGGAGCAGCAGAUGCAGAUCACUUGCAUAUCAGAUAUGGUCAUGGAUCAAGAAAUUCUGAUCUAUCACCUCAGCCAGAGGUCAGUCUAGCGCUACAUAAGCUUGCAAUGCAGUUGAGUUUGGAGGAUGAUUAUGAGAAUACCAGCUGCUUCGGCGAAAAAUUGCCUGAAUUCUCCAAGGAGUAUGACAGAUCCCAAGGUGUUGGAUGUUUUGACAAUACAAGGGAAUCUUUUCAAGAAGCAGAUCAAAAUCUCUUUCAUGGAACAGAAUUCUGGGAGCAAAACCAAAUUGAAUCUGAAAAACAAGAUGGCUAUAGAAGCACACAGUCACUUGGAGAUUCAGGAACACCUGAAACCAAUUUGACUAGUUCACAUAAUUCUCUAGGCGAUAAUGGAAAGCAAGGAAGUCAGCCACUAGGUUCUGGUUAUAGUGUUGUUAGAACAUCUCCUUCUUGGAAUCACAUGAUGCAGACAAGCCAAUAUUCUGCACCGAUCAAUGCAAGAAAUAAAAACACGUUGCCGCCAGAAGGUAUUAUCGAAUCUUCUAUGCUCAGGCCAACUGAACACGGUCCAACACUUGAUAUUCCAUUUGAGCAGCCAGGACAGUUCGUUUGGGCACAAGCUGAUGAUGUUGGAAAUAAUGCAGAAAGUAGAUCUACUAGACAUCACAUUCCUGACAGUGAUUUGAGCUUGCAACUAGCAGCGACUCGAGAAUUUCUGUUAGGGCCUGAGAAUUCAAUUGAGUCACCAACUUAUAUCUCACAGCUUUCAAAAGUUCAAAUGCAGAGUAUUUGUGAUGCUAGUAUUUGUGAAACCAGUUCGGAUGUAGGAAAGUAUAGAACGCAAAACAGUACAGACUGGAUGGCGACUAUUGAUUUAGAUGUUCCGAAUAAUACCUAUUCUUCUGAUUUCUCAACAAUGUGGUUUGAUCAAGGGCAAUUUGGCAUCCCACUCAGAGAUGAUUCAAGUUUGACUGUGGCAGAGAAGCAGAGAUUUAGCAUUCGUGAAAUCUGCCCAGAAUGGGCAUUUUCCUCUGAGCCUACAAAGGUUAUCCUUAUUGGAGAUUUUCUCUGCAAUUCUUCAGAGUGCUCCUGGGCAAUUAUGUUUGGCAACAUUCAGGUUCCUGCAGAAAUUGUUCAGGAGGGCAUCUUGCGUUGCAUGGCUCCUCAACAUGGUGACGGAAAGGUUACAAUUUGUGUCACAUCUGGAAAUAGAGAAUCCUGCAGUGAAGUUAGAGAAUUUGAAUUCCGUGCAAAACCCACUACUACCAAUUUUGUUGGCACACCACCUAAGGCAGAGGGUACCAGAAAUGCUGAGGAAAUAUUGUUGCUUGUCAGACUUGUUCAUAUACUUUGUGGCUCUGAUGUUUUUUCAUGUAAGACUGGCAGCAGUAAGGAAACUGAACAUUUCAGCACAUUAAAAGACGAGUCUCGGUGGUCUCGGAUAAUGGAGUCACUCCUAGAUGGUUCUGAGGGUCCAUCAAGUAUUUUAGAAUGGGUAAUGGAAGAACUAUUAAAGGAUAAGUUACAGCUGUGGUUAUCAUCUAAGAAUCAGGGUCAAGAUUGUUUGCUGUCCAGGAAGGAGAAAGGCUUUGUACACUUGAUUUCCGGUCUAGGCUAUGAAUGGGCCUUAAGUCCAAUCCUUGAUGCUGGUGUUGGUGUUAAUUUUCGUGAUGCUAGUGGCUGGACGGCCCUUCACUGGGCUGCUCGUUUUGGAAGGGAAAGAAUGGUUGCUGCACUCCUUGCUGCUGGGGCGUCAGCUGGAGCUGUUACAGAUCCCACUCCACUAGAUCCAAUAGGCAGAACUGCAGGUGCUUUAGCUGCUGAAAAUGGUCACACAGGUCUUGCUGCAUAUCUUUCGGAAGCAGCUCUAACUAGCCAUCUUUCUUCACUUACCAUGGGAGAAAAUGAAAUUUUUAAAGGGUCUGCUGAAGUGGAGGCUGAAAGAGCAGUGGAAAGCAUAUCUCAGAGAACUGUCCAACUUCAUGUUGGGGUUACUGAAGAUGAGCUCUCACUCAAAGAUUCAUUGGCAGCUGUUAGAAAUGCAACUCAAGCUGCAGCACGCAUACAAGCCGCUUUCCGUGCUCAUUCUUUCAGGAAGAGGCAUCAAAUAGCGGCAUCAUUUCAAGAUGAAUAUGGCAUGACUCCAGUAGACAUUCACCGGUUUGCAGCUUCAUCAAAAUUUCAAAGGGCACCACAUGGUUCUCGUGAUCAUAAGUUUGAUAAAGCAGCUCUCUCUAUUCAGAAGAACUAUCGAGGAUGGAAAGGGCGCAAAGAUUUCUUAACCCUGCGUCAACAUGUAGUAAAGAUACAGGCUCAUGUAAGAGGUUACCGUGAAAGGAAGAAAUACCAAUUUCAAUGGACAGUUGGUGUCAUUGAGAAAGCUGUUCUGCGAUGGCGUAGGAAAGGUGUUGGUUUACGAGGAUAUCGAGCAGAACCAGAAUCAGUUGAUGAGGGGGAUGAAGAAGUAGAGGAGGACAUACUCAAGGUUUUCCGGAAGCAAAAGGUAGAUGCAGCUGUUGACCAAGCAGUAUCAAGGGUACUUUCUAUGGUGGAGUCUCCAACGGCAAGGCAACAGUAUCGCCGAAUGCUCGAAAGAUAUGCUGAAGCCAAGGCUGAGUUGGGUACUUCAGAUGAAGCAACAUCCAGGCCGAAUGACGAUUUUCAGAUCACAGAGAGCAAUGACUUGAUGUUUUGACGGUUUCUUGAAUUACCAAAUCAGCAACAUGUGAAUAAUGCGCACAGCUUCUUGUAUAGUCUGUAUCCGGUUGCUCUGGUGUGAUUUGGUUUCUUCAGGUUGCUCUUGUAAAUUUCUUGUGCGUUAAUGAUGUAAGUAUGUUCAGUGGGUCUAAUAAGCGGUGAAAAUGGGUGAUUAAUAGUUGUUAGCGGCUAUCCAGUUUCGACACAGAAGCAGGCAGGCAGGCGGUUUCACAUUUUCUAUUCUUACCCAACGUCAGAAAAUGGAGAGAAAGGGGACAAAAUUGUUGGUCCAUGUAUGUAUCAAGUAAUUUUCGUCACGACGUUUGUUGGGUUUACGCACAGUAAAAAUCUCCCGAGUAUGUCUGUUGUGUAAAAGCAUUAGCAAUCAUAAAAAUUUGUAAAUUGGUUUGCGAAUAGAAAUUAAUUGAAGAGAAAUGAAGGAAAAGCAAUGAA